AUGUUUACGUUUAUACAUCAAAUCAAUCACCGCGUCAUGGAAUUAGAAUUUAACAGUACGUCAUGGUCACCAGAGCAUUUCAUUGCUCACGAAACAACGUGUCUCAAGCAAUUAUCGGCAGAUACGGUGUGGUCCUCGAUUCCUCUGCUCAACUGUACUGAGCUCGCUCAUCUGCCGGACGGUUGUUUGGUACGAUUUCGUGGCAUGCUGCAGGACAUGCAGGACCCAGAGUGUUACCUCGAGCAGUAUACAGUCCGUGCCAAAUCGGAUGGUUCUGUCGUGCGACAGCAGAAUGGCAAAUAUCGUGACAUUUUGCUGUACAAUGCUGCAUCCGAAGUGGUGGAUACUGGCUGUAACGGGGAUAACAAAUUCGGAGAGCGUAGAUCACUGUUUGUUAUCACUAUUCCCGGUCAGAAUCCGUGGGCUGAAGUGUGUGAAAAGGAACAGAAAGGAAGCCUUCCUCUUAAAUUCUCCGAGGCGCAGAAUGGAUGUGAUGGGAACGUUAUUCGACCUACCGUUAAACGUACCCUUGAUGAUGAGGAUAUGGAAGUAGACGGAAUAACAACAGCACCGAAACGUUCUUCAGCAGACACCACUCCUACGACGAGUGUAAACGGUGCAAAAAAGAUGGCCACCAACGAUGCAUCAGCAACUGCAGCCGCACCCAGCGGAGCUGUGUUAUCUGCUGACUAUCUGCUCAACUCACCAAUUGCCGAUCGACCGGGAAAAGCUUGCCUGGUCAAGCUGUACAGUAACUAUGACGAUUGGACGCUUAACACUGUGAUCGAGGUGGUUGGUUUCCUUUCCGUCGAUCCCGCUCUAGACGGUAGCGGAGAUAGUACCGGGAUGGAUGAGUUUGAUGACGAUGUAUCCGAGCAUCAGGCAACUCAUCCACCACCAUCGCUAAUACCGCGGUUACACGCGAUUAGCGUACGGAAACUUUCUCACGCGAAUCCACUCUUGCUGGAGCAGGCUGAGCAAGCAGAAGUGGGAGACGGCCAGGACGUAGCUAACGAGACGACAUACAAAGAUCUACACAACCUUUUCACACAGUUUCUGUUCGGAGACGGGAUCGCAGCCGAGUAUCUUUUGUGUCAUCUCGUGUCGUCGGUGUAUAUACGGGAUGAGGUAGAAAGCAGGGGACAAUUCUGUUUGAAUAUCAGUAAUAUUCCGGCAGAAGUUUUACCCGAUUAUACGCGUUCGUUGUAUGAUCUUCUGGAGCUACUACUUCCUGCCAGUCAUUAUCUGCCGAUGACGCUUGAGAACAUGAACACGGCGCAAUUUGUGCCUAAAAAAGAUUACGCAACGAACAAACUCACGAGCGGUCUGUUACAACUAGCUCCCCAUACUCAUCUGGUGCUGGACGAAACUCGUCUGCAAACGGGCAAGCUCGAAUCAGCCGGUGUCGAAGCUGUAAAGCACGUUGCACACCUUAUCAAGAACCAACGGUUGAAGUACAAUUUUCAAUUUUAUCAGCUUGAUUUCAAUGCCGACGUACCGGUGUUGGUUCUUAGCGAAGGAAAAAGUAUGCUGCCGAGCAAUUGCUAUCUACCCAUCGUUCCCGAUUUGGAUGCGAUCAAAUUGAUUGAAGAAACAAUGAAAGCUGGCCGGCACUACAUCACACCUAAGCUGAAUGCGAUGCGCCGAUUCUUAACCACAGCCCGCGUGCGUGAGUUCGAGAUGAAAUCGCUCGAUCCUAUCAUCGUGCAAGAUGAUUUUGUGCGAAUGCGCACGGAAAACAGUGCGGUCACGAUGGACGAUCUGCAUGCACUGUUCGUGCUGGCACGAUUGCUCGGAUUGAGUCGUGGCCGUAAAUCAUUGCAGCGAGAAGACUGGGAACGGGCGAAAGUGUUAGAGAACGAGCGUCGCAAUCGGGUCGAACUGUUUAGCAGAACAAAAACCGAACCUUAA